UUUUGAGUUAUUUUCUUUUUCUUUAACAUACAACUAUUUCUCACAUGGCAUCAAGUUCCUCAAACCAACCUGAACAAGAUCCAAAGACAAAAGCUUUAAAUGGAUACAGAAGAAGACUUUUAGAGCAUCGCGAAUUGGAUGCGAAGCUUAAAGAGAUGCGUCUUGGAUUAAGAACGUUAGAUAAAGAAUACGAUAAAUCAGAAGACGACAUCAAGGCUUUGCAAAGUGUUGGACAAGUCAUUGGUGAAGUAUUAAAGCAAUUGGAUGACGAACGUUUCAUCGUCAAGAACACAAGUGGUCCUCGUUAUGUGGUUGGAUGUCGCAACACAGUUGAUAAAGAAAAGUUAAAACAAGGUGCUCGUGUAGCACUUGAUAUGACCACCUUGACCAUCAUGCGUAUUUUACCCCGUGAAGUCGAUCCUCUUGUAUACAACAUGUCUAUGGAAGAUCCUGGCUAUAUCAGUUUUGCAGGUAUUGGUGGUCUCUCUGAGCAGAUUCGUGAAUUAAGAGAAGUGAUUGAAUUACCCUUGAUGAACCCUGAAUUAUUUUUACGUGUGGGUGUGAAACCCCCUAAAGGUGUGUUACUCUAUGGUCCACCUGGUACAGGUAAGACAUUGUUGGCCAAGGCAGUCGCCAGUACACUCCAAGUCAAUUUCCUCAAGGUUGUCUCGAGUGCCAUUGUCGAUAAAUACAUUGGUGAAAGUGCAAGACUGAUCCGAGAGAUGUUUGGUUAUGCUAAAGAACACGAACCUUGUAUUAUCUUUAUGGACGAAAUUGAUGCUAUUGGUGGCCGUCGUUUCUCUGAAGGUACUUCUGCUGAUCGUGAAAUCCAACGUACUUUGAUGGAACUGUUGAAUCAAAUGGAUGGUUUUGACUACCUAGGACAAACAAAGUUGAUCAUGGCCACCAACCGACCUGAUACACUUGACCCUGCCUUGCUGCGUCCUGGUCGUCUAGACAGAAAGAUUGAAAUUCCUUUGCCUAAUGAACAAGGGCGUCUAGAGAUCAUCAAGAUUCACGCAGGCCAUAUCACAAAGCAUGGUGACAUAGAUUAUGAAGCCAUUGUCAAGUUAUCAGAUGGUUUCAAUGGUGCUGAUUUAAGAAAUGUAUGUACAGAAGCAGGCAUGUUUGCUAUUAGAGAAGAACGCGACUAUUGUAUUCAAGAAGAUUUCAUGAAGGCCGUCAGAAAGUUACAAGACGCAAAGAAGUUGGAGACAAAGUUGGAUUAUGAAAAGAUUUAAAAUGAAUAAUAACAAUUAAAGAAGCAUAUAUAUAUAAUUCUGAAAGGGAAUUUGCCUUUAAUAGUAGGAUAAAUUAAAUUCCAGUUCAACUGUUCUUGACU